AUGGCUUCUGUCUAUCACGGCCAGUGGUCUUACUACGCAGACACGCUCUACGUCACUUCCUCUUCCGGUCAUGUUCACUCGCGCGCGGCAUAUUCCGAGUUGGAGGAAAUCUUCAGUACACCAUUGGGAGCCAAAAGGAACAGACCCGACAAUCCAGCCCACUGGUACGAAGCCCAGCUUCUCCAUUUUGGAUUACCGCCGACAAAAUACAAAGCUACGGCCAAGAUGAGGUUGAUGGAUGCCUUUCAGGACGGGACACUAUUUGUCCCGGAUGAAAUACUACGAAUUGAAGACACCCUGAGCAGAAACUGGACCAAACAGGACUUGGAGGCCCGUAUUCUUGGUCCUUCCAUGCGACCUUCACUCGAUCCCGGUAUUACGACAGCUCCGGUGACUGGCAGGGCUUACUUUACCGCUCAUCUACCGUCGGUUGGUGAGCCGAGAGCUUUAUUCAGUGGAGCCUUGGCUGGAGGGGCUGGAGUGCAAGGCAACAUGCGAUCUCAACGAAACGAUAUGCAACCGCCCCACGAUCAGACAAAGAAAAGACAAGGCAACGAGGGAGAGUUAUCAACCCGCCCUAUGAAGGCUGCCAGAUGUCGUGGUGAAACUGGUGCACCUGAAUUCCAGGUCCACACACACAUCAAUCCGAAUAGCGAGACCUUCCAGCAAAGAUCAGCUGUUAUUCCAAAAUCAGCGGGAAACGGACGCGGACGCCCGGCUCUGGACAGAGAAUUGCAGCAAGUCGAAUAUAAAACUGUGCCUCUAUCGCAUCAGGGUACCUCCGGAACAGUGAGCAUGUCCCUUCGUAUACCAGAAACGCAGUAUAACCAUCUCUGA